AUGAGCGCUUUUGUACUCGGUUCUACGGGUCUUGUAGGCCUUCAAAUUCUCAAGGUUCUUGACAGUUCAACUGCCUUCAAAAAGGUCUCUACUGUUAGUCGUCGUCUUCCAAGUGUCACUAGUGGCAAAAUCAACUCAAUCGAAAAGAAGGAGAGUGAAGAAUGGCCAGCCAUCAUUGAAAAGGAAGCCAAGGACUACUCAGCCUUUUUCUCGGCCUUUGGAACUACUCGUGCUGCUGCUGGAUCUGCUGAUAACUUCAAAAAAAUCGAUUAUGGAAUCAACUACGAGGCUGCAAAGGCGGCUAAGGCUGCGGGGGUUGAAACUUUCGUAUUGGUUUCCACCAUAGGCGCCAAUGCCCAGUCUUCGUUUUUGUACCUCCAGGUAAAGGGCCAAUUGGAAGAGGACAUCAUAGCUUUGAAGUUUCCCAGAACCAUCAUCUUGAGACCAGGGAUCCUUUUGGGCGAAAGGGAAACUUCUAAAGGUUUGCUUAACAACUUAUCUGUUGGUGUAUUGAAGUAUCUUCAUGGUACCCCUCUAACUUUCCUUGGUAACCCAAUCUUUGGCGCAGAAGUCGCCCAGAUUGCUGUGAAUGCUGCUCAGGAGAGCUUUGAGAAGGGCGACGAACCGGUGGUUAAGUUUUAUGAAGCUAGAGAGCUUACUGAGUUGUACAAGAAAUUGUGA